GGCUCCGGAAGCGGAAGCGAGGCGUCGGGCGUGCAGCCUGAGCUCCCCCAGGUGGAGAGAACGGGACUGAGGGGAGGGGAGCCGGAGAGAGACCCAUGCAGGUAGGUAAAGGGAAGGGCCGGGGGGAGGGGGAGUCCGGGGGGGCGGCUGGGGGAGGGGAAUUCCCCUCCCUCAGGCCGAAGGGUCGGAAGCGAAGAGGGCUGGGCGAGAGAGGCGACCUCGUUGGCGGGGCAGGAAUGUGGGGAGGGGGCCCUGCGAGAAGCGGGGGUCGGGGAAGGGCGUGUUGCUUCCUCCCCUUCCCGCUCUGGAGAUGCGGGUGGAGGACACUCUCGCAUUAGGGCUGCCACCUUUGUUCUGGGGUGCGAUUUAUUUCCCCUCCCCCCCCCCCAAUCCAUUACAGUGGUACCUCGGGUUAAGUACUUAAUUCGUUCUGGAGGUCCGUUCUUAACCUGAAACUGUUCUUAACCUGAAGCACCACUUUAGCUAAUGGGGCCUCCUGCUGCCGCCGGAGCACGAUUUCUGUUCUUAUCCUGAAGCAAAGUUCUUAACCCGAGGUACUAUUUCUGAGUUAGCGGAGUCUGUAACCUGAAGCGUCUGUAACCUGAAGCGUCUGUAACCCGAGGUACCACUGUACAAUCUUAUCACUCACACACAGUUGUGCAUGCCAGGCACUCCUGUCUUCCACUGCCUCCCGCAGUUUGGUCAAACUCAUGCAGGUAGCUUCGAGAACACUGUCCAACCAUCUCGUCCUCUGUCGUCCCCUUCUUCUUGUGCCCUCCAUCUUUCCCAACAUGAGGGUCUUUUCCAGCAAGUCUUCUCUUCUCGUGAGGUGGCCAAAGUAUUGGAGCCUCAGCUUCACGAUCUGUCCUUCCAGUGAGCACUCAGGGCUGAUUUCCUUAAGAAUGGAUAGGUUUGAUCUUCUUGCAGUCCAUGGGACUCUCAAGAGUCUCCUCCAGCACCAGAAUUCAAAAGCAUCAAUUCUUUGGCGAUCAGCCUUCUUUAUGGUCCAGCUCUCACUUCCAUACAUUGCUACUGGGAAAACCAUAGCUUUAACUAUACGGACCUUUGUUGGCAAGGUGGUGAUGUCUCUGCUGUCUAGGUUUCUCAUUGCUUUUCUCCCAAGAAGCAGGCAUCUUUUAAUUUCGUGGCUGCUGUCACCAUCUGCAGUGAUCAUGGAGCCCAAGAAAGCAAAAUCUCUCACUGCCUCCAUUUCUUCCCCAUCUAUUUGCCAGGAGGUGAUGGGCCCAGUGGCCAUGAUCUUCGUUUUUUUGAUGUUGAGCUUCAGACCAUAUUUUGCGCUCUCCUCUUUCACCCUCAUUAAAAGGUUCUUACGCACGAUAUGAAUUUGUAAAUCUGGCUGCGCUUGACUCUGCUGCAUGACGUUUUGCACACCCGCCUUUGCAAAGGUUCCCUAACUUGGCAGAGAGAGGGACAGAGAGAAUCGUAGAAUCAUGUGGAAACCCAGACAGAUGGGCGGGGUAUAAAUAAUAAAUUAUUAUUAUUAUCAUUAUCAUCAUGUAUGUACAGUAGCACCUCAGGUUGCAUACGCUUCAGGUUACAUACACUUCAGGUUACAGACCCCGCUAACCCAAAAAUAUUGCCUCAGCUUAAGAACUUUGCUUCAGGAUGAGAACAGAAAUCGUGCUCCGGCGGUGCGGCAGCAGCAGGAGGCCCCAUUAGCUAAAGUGGUGCUUCAGGUUAAGAACAGUUUCAGGUUAAGAACAGACCUCCAGAACGAAUUAAGUUCUUAACCCGAGGGGCCACUGUAGUCGGAAGGGACCCGGGGGAUCAUCGAGUCCCAGCCCGCUGCAGUACAGGAAUAUGCAGCCAUCCCAUACGGGGAUGGAACCUGCAACCUUGGCAUUAUCAGCACCUCACUCUGACCAACUGAGCUAUCCAGGCUGACCUCGAUAGAAAGAGAGAAAAGACCUGAACUAGCAAUACAGGACGUAGCAUUUUGCAUUGAAAUAUGGGACAAUCCUGAAUUAUACAGGACAGGUGACAACCCUAGCUCUGCAUGCAGCCAUCUCCCCUGGGUGGUGGUGUGGAGAGAACUUUUCUCUGUUUCGCCUCAGAAGCGCCAUCCUACUAUGUGUGUGUAGGGAUUUGGGCUAUAUGGGGAGGAGGUGUAUCGAAGCCUGCCCCCCUCUCAGGCUUAGCCAAAGUGUCUUCUGUUCCUGAGCUGCUGCGGCAUGGGAGCUAAUAGCUUAACCUACCCGUAUUUUUCGCUCUAUAACACGCACCUGACCAUAACACGCACGUAGUUUUUAGAGGAGGAAAACAAGAAAAAAAAUAUUCUAAACGAAACAGUGGAUGUAUGAUUUUUGUGGUUCAUGCUGUGGCCACAGACAUGUGAUCUGACAGUGAGUUUGGAGUAGCCCAAUGCAAAAAUCCUGAGGAUCCAUGCUUUGUAACCACGUUUUUGCACCCCAGGCAACAGUGGGUGUGUGAUUUUUUUGGUGCAAGAUGUAGCCAUGGACAUGCUAUGUGAUCUGAUGGUGAAUUUGGGGUGACCCAGUGCAAAAAUCCUGAGGAUCCAUGUUGAUCCGUGGUUUCUAACCACGUUUUAAGUGGGGAGGGAAGGAAAAGCACUCAAGGGACAAGGAGCACGCGUGGGGUGUGUGGAGAAGGAUGCUGCUAAUAAUGCAGAAGAGGGGUUUAAGGGGAGAAGGAACACACGCGGGGUGUGUGGAGAAGGAUGCUGCUAAUAAUGUAGAAGAGGGGUAUAAGGGGAGAAGGCUCCUCUCCUCUCCCACUUUGCUCCUUUAAAGCAAGCAGGCUCUCUGUCCCCCUCUCCUCCCCACUCAGCGGCUCUUCUCCCGCUUUACUGUUUCAAAGCAAGCCACGGAGGAGGGAAGGAAGGGGAGCCAUGGAUCCUCUGCUCACGACUGCAGCAGAUCCCCCCGUCACCCGUAGGCAUUCCCUCCAUAACACGCACAGACAUUUUCCCUUACUUUCUAGGAGGAAAAAAGUGACUGUUAUGGUGCAAAAAAUACGGUAAAUCUGUACACAUGAAUUGUUUUGAGGACACGGUGUUGGCAUUGCCUGCCUUAAUUUGCUUAGGCUGCACACUUGCCUCCUGUAAGUAAGCCCCGUUGAGUUAAAUGGGACAUACUUCCCAAUAAUAAUAAUAAUAAUAAUAAUAAUAAUAAUUUUAUUAUUUGUACCCUGCCCAUCUGACUGGGUUGCUCCAGCCACUCUGGGUGCACAGGACUGCGUUGUUAGUACAGUGUAUUUUCUGUAACUAAUACUUUUGAGUUAAUAAAUCACAGUUAAAAAACAAAUAAGGUAUUAUUACAUGGUUUUAGGCAGUGCUAUUUUUCCGGAAAAUGAGGUGCCGGAACUCACGAUGAACACCUCUCUCUUUCUCUUAGAAUGGCAAUGGCACCCGUCUGAGAGCUGCCAGAACUUACCUGGGAGGUGCUGGAACCCACCUGAGAGGUGCUGGAACUGAGUUCUGGUUAAAGGUAAAGGUACCCCUGCCCGUAUGGGCCAGUCUUGCCAGACUCUAGGGUUGUGCGCUCAUCUCACUCUAUAGGCCGGGAGCCAGCGCUGUCCGCAGACACUUCCGGGUCACGUGGCCAGCGUGACGAAGCUGCUCUGGCGAGCCAGCACCAGCGCAGCACACGGAAACACCGUUUACCUUCCUGCUGGUAAGCGGUCCCUAUUUAUCUACUUGCACCCGGGGGUGCUUUCGAACUGCUAGGUUGGCAGGCGCUGGGACCGAACGACGGGAGCGCACCACGCCGCGGGGAUUCGAACCGCCGACCAUGCGAUCGGCAAGUCCUAGGCGCUGAGGCUUUUACCCACAGCGCCACCCGUGUCCCACGGAGUUCUGGUUAGUUCUCCCUAAAAAAGCACUGGUUUUAGGUUGCCACACUUCCACACUUUCCUAAAUCUGAUUGCAAAAGCCAAAUAAGCCCGUUCAUGCUUUCUUUAGAUCUAAACUGUGCUGCCCCUCUAAAGCUUGGGAAAAUAAAAUACUCUUAGUUCCUCUAUUCUCCUAAUACCAUUGUGAAGCAGGUGGCUGUUCUGUUCUAAAGAUAAUCUCCUACAGGUACUGGAGAUGAAUCUGAUGCCAUGAAUCUGGUGAGGAGUUGAGCAUAAAUUGAAAACCUGCCUAGGGUUUGACCAGUAAAUAGAGAGAUUCACAUUUUUAGGGAUCAGUGAUAAUUAGUUAUACAAUGGAAGGUUACGGAGGCAAAACAUUAUGGGUUUGUGAGGAAACAAUAUGCGUUUACAAUUGCUCUUUCUGGUUUUCAUUGUUAAUAUUUGCAUAGAGGUAAGGUGUGGAUGUUGAUCCUUAUCAGGUUAACAUGAGAGCUACAAGCUCCAUAGCUGAGUUGUAGGAAAGUUGUAAUUCAGGAUUGCUGAAAUAAUAUUACACUCGCAGAUAUUUUUAGUGGCUUCUGCCUCCUGGCUGUAGAGGUAUUACAGACAUUUUAAUAACAGGCUGCAAAGGAGUCCUUGGGAGACAGUUUUGUAGUUCAGCCAAAAAGUUGUUCUUGAUUGCUCCCAAGCUGUGUGGUGGAGGAGAUGGCUAGUUUAGCUGGUUGAGCUUGUUUUUCACUGCUCGUAUGGGAAGCAUUUGAAACAACAUGAGGAAUACUUGGCUGUAACAGCCUCUAGUAAUCUCAGGCUCACUCAAUUUCUCUUUCUUAGCUUUGAGGAGUGGGGGUGGGGGGAGGCAUGGAUUGUAUCUUUCAUGGUGGUGGGGAAAAAUCUUAAAGUAAUUUGGCUUUAUCAGUAGAACAAAGCUGUCUCUUCCCUUCUCACUUGGGCUUGAAUGCCCAGCAUUGCUCCCCAUUCCCCUAUCCUGGGGGUGGAGAGUCUGCGGUCCUCCAGAUAUUGUUCGAUACUUCAUCUCUGACCCUGCUGGCUGGAAUUGAUGCCAGUUAGAAGUCCAGGACAAUCUUGAGGUUAUAGGUUAGGUAAAAAGUAAAGAACCCCUGGAUGGUUAAGUCCAGUCAAAGAUGACUAUGGGGUUGUGGCGCUCAUCUUGCUUUCAGGCCAAUGGAGCCAGCGUUUGUCCACAGACAGCUUUCUGGGUCAUGUGGCCAGCAUGACUAAACCACUUCUGGUGCAAUGGAACACCGUGACGGAAACCAGAGCACACGGAAACACCAUUUACCUUCCCGCCACAACGGUACCUAUUUAUCUACUUGCACCGGUGUGCUUUCGAACUGCUGGGUUGGCAGGAGCUGGCACAGAGCAACAGGAGCUCACCCCAUCAUGGGGAUUCGAACUGGCAACCUUCUGAUCGGCAAGCCCAAGAGGCUCAGUGGUUUAGAACACAGCGCCACCCGCGUCCCUGGUUAGGUUAGGGAACAUUAGGUUCCUUAACCCCUUUUUGCCUCUAAUCUCCAUAUGCUUAUGCUUUUACACUCUGUCUCGUUUGCAAUUCUAGUCUGUUGAUUGAAAGAUAAGCUAAAGUACACGUGGAAGCUAGCCCUGUUGUUACACGCACACCACCUUGUAUGUUCAGAAAUACCACUAUGUAGCUUGUGAACAUAAGAAUUGCCCUGCUGGAGAAGAUCAAAGUUUCACCUAGUCCACUACUCUCCUAGAGUCCCUCUUGAACAGUGUUUUUCCACUAGUGAAGCAUAUGAAUAUAUUGGGCAGGUGGGUGGGACCUGAGUGUUCCCAAAGAAUAUGUACAAUAUGAGUAAAAUAAUAAUAAUCAAGUUUAUGCAAUUUACAUCCAUUUAAAAAUGCAAUUAAAAUAAGAGGGGAGGUGUGGGGUUUCUGUAAUUGCAAAGGUGGAACAUGGGUUAGAAAACAGUUGAGAAGCAUUGCUCUAGGACACUUCACAAACAGCCUGAAGAUGAUUUGUCUUUUGUUGUGUACAGCCAGCAUUUUGGUACUUAGAGCUAUAUUGCUUAUGAAUGGAAGGCUCAUUUAGCAGUGUAUUAUAAAUAUUAGUAGCAUGAAAGGAGAAGUUGAUCCUCUUCUAGUUUACACAAAACUUUCUUCUUGGUUACCUGGAGGUGACUCCCAUUUGUUGCAGAUGGCUGGGCAAUAAAUUGUUCACUUAAUGUACUCAUUGUUUCAAAAUGUGUUCAAAGAUUUGGGGUGUCGUCAUUCAUGCAUUUAAAAACAUGUAUUCAAAAGUUACAAUACAGUUAUAAUACAAUAUAUGUUCAAUCAAUAUAUCCCCUCCACAGACACUUCUAUGAUGAUGGUGGCAUUAAAAUAUCCUGUUCUUCUUCAAUAGAAGAGAAAAAGGGAGACCAGAUUGUGUCAAAGGUAUCUUUUUUGGAGAUGCCUUUGAUUAGUCACUGAUGGUAUGUGAGGCAUUUUGACAGAGCAAUGCUCCAGAUGUUAUUAACACAAGCCUCUAUUGGUAUAUUAGAAGUUUUCUUCCAUUGUUGGGCAAUAACUAGCCUAGCUGCUGUGAACAGGAAGGAAAUUAAUUAUUUAGAUUUAAGGGUAGAAUUUGCGGUCAAAUCUAAUCAUAACAAGGCAAGUGCCAAAUUAGGAGGGAUAGAUUGUUUAGUGAUUUUGGAGGUCAGAUUAAAAACUUUCCCCCAAAAGGCAUGGACCACAGGGUACUCCCACCACACAUGAAUAUAGGAACCUCGUUCUCCACAGCCUUUCCAACAUAAUGGUGAGCUUAGAGGAUUUGUCUGUGCAAGGUGUGGGGUGGGGUGUCAUCUUUAGUGUGCAGGGUGUGUGAAAGUGUUAGGACUGCACAAAAGUGUGCACCGAGUACAUACAGUUUGUGCUAAGCUUUUUCAGAAGUGUAAAUGCACCACAGAUAAACUCUGCUCUGCCCACCUCCAAGUCUUGCUGCAAAGCUGCCUAGUGCAAAUUGUCACAUCUGUAUCUCUUGCCUUCUUCUCUUUCAGGUGUGUCGGGAGCAGAUCUUGGGAGAUGCACUGCACAUGAUGAUUUAGAACACCAUGCUGGUCACUGCCUAUGUUGCUUUUGCUUUCCUCCUGCUGAUAUGCAUUGGCUUGGAGUUCUCCGCCUGCCGUUCCAAGAUCACCGGCAGGUCUUGCUCCAACCCAGCCUUCCUGCGGUUCCAGCUAGACUAUUACCAGGUCUACUUCUUGGCCCUUGCUGCUGAUUGGCUGCAGGGACCUUAUCUCUAUAAACUGUACCAGCACUACCACUUCUUGGAGGCUCAGAUCACCAUCAUCUACGUCUGUGGCUUUGCCUCCAGCGUGCUGUUUGGGCUGGUCUCCAGCUCCUUGGUUGACCGCCUGGGCCGUAAGAAAUCCUGCAUCCUCUUCUCCUUGACUUACUCCGUCUGCUGCCUCACAAAGCUCUCCUGGGAUUAUUUUGUUCUCAUUGUGGGAAGGAUAUUAGGGGGGCUGUCCACUGCCCUGCUCUUCUCCGCCUUCGAGGCGUGGUACGUCCAUGAGCACGUGGAACGCCACGACUUCCCGGCUGAGUGGAUCCCCACUACCUUCUCCAAGGCAGCUUUUUGGAAUGGCAUCAUCGCUAUCGGAGCCGGCGUGGUAGCCAACGUCUUUGCCGAAUGGCUGGGGCUGGGCCCGGUGGCCCCUUUCAUGGUCUCCAUCCCCUUUCUCAUGCUGGCGGGUGUCCUGGCGAUGAAGAACUGGGAUGAAAAUUAUGGCAAGAAGAGGGCUAUCUCCAGGACUUGCACUGAUGCCUUGAAGUGCCUCCUCUCAGACCGCCGGGUCUUGCUCUUGGGUACCAUCCAGGCUUUGUUUGAGAGUGUCAUCUACAUCUUCAUCUUCCUUUGGACUCCCGUCCUGGAUCCCCACAACCCACCCCUGGGCAUAGUCUUCUCUAGUUUCAUGGCGGCCAGCAUGGCAGGCUCAUCGCUCUACCGCGUUGCAACCUCCAAGAAAUACCACCUGCAGCCCAUGCACAUCCUUUCCCUCUCGGUCCUGAUGGUUUUCUUCUCCCUCUUCAUGCUGACUUUCUCUACCAACCCUGGGCAGGAGAACCCUUCCGAGUCCUUCUUGGCCUUCCUGCUUAUUGAGCUGUCUUGCGGGCUCUACUUCCCUUCUAUGGGUUUUCUGCGGCAGAAGGUGAUCCCCGAGAAGGACCAGGCAGGUGUCAUGCACUGGUUCCGCGUCCCACUCAACCUGCUGGCCUGCCUCGGCCUGCUGAUCCUCCACGACAGCGACUACAAGACAGGCACCAGGAACAUGUUCACCAUUUGCUCUGUCAUGAUGGUGAUGGCCCUCUUGGCCGUCGUGAGCCUCUUCACGGUGGUCCGUAACAAUGCAGAGCUCAGGUUGCCCAGUCCGCCUGGUCAAAGCGAGGUCUCUUCUCCUGAGCUCUGAUAUGUGAUGCUUUUUCUUGGGGGAAGAUGCUCUGGAGUUGGCCAGUCGUCUGUUGCACAUCACAGUGCUGGUACUGUACAGUGGUGCCUCGCAAGACGAAAAGAAUCCGUUCCGCGAGUCUCUUCAUUUUGCGGUUUUUUCGUCUUGCGAAGCAAGCCCAUUAGCGGUUUAGCGGAUUAGCGCUAUUAGCGGCUUAGCGGAUCAGCUGAUAAGCGGCUUAGCAGAUCAGCUGAUAAGCGGCUUAGUGGCUUAACGGAUCAGCUGAUAAGCGGCUUAACGAUCAGCUGUUAAGCGGCUUAGCGGCUUGGGAAAAAGGGGGGGGGGAACCCGCAAGAACUCGCAAGACAUUUUCGUCUUGCGAAGCAAGCCCAUAGGAAAUUCGUUUUGCGAAGCACCUCCAAAACGGAAAACCCUUUCGUCUAGCGGGUUUUCCGUCUUGCGGGGCACCACUGUAUAUAGGUAAGGUCUUUGCAGAGAGAACACAAGAGUCUCUUCUGAGUCUUGUGUGUCCUUUUUUCCCACAUGGGAGAAUCUUUUCUAUGCCUUUUUCAAUAAGGAUUGAUCCCUAUCGGACUUGAUCUGUGGCAAGCAUAGCUUUCUUUUCUGCACCGUGGAGUUUUUGAUUCCCGAGGCAUCUUGACUUCUGCUACCAAAAUUUGUGUGUGAGGGUGUGGGGAGUGCUUCCUACCACUUCAUCCUGGAUAGAUUGUGAAAAGUAAUGGGUGAAAAGGACACAGCCCUUUCUUUUUCUUUUUUUUAUAAGUGAGCAGUGAGGUUGAUAGACUGACCAUCCAUUAUCAGUAUUGAACUUGUUCAUAAUGUCAGCCAAAUUCCAUGUUGUCAACCCUCUGCUUUUGGAAAAGAAUAAAAUACAUAAAGCUUCUCUUCUCAGUGUUUAUUUGUGUGUGGGGGGGUAAUAUAUGGUGAGGCCUUCAUAGUUUAGGCCCAGGAUUGAGUAUUAGUGGCUCUUCAGAUGCUGUAACUACAGUUCCCAUCAUUCCUGACCAUUGGCUGUGCUGAUGUGGGAGGGAAGGGAGAGGGCAAACCCUUCAUGCACACGAAUGAAGACCCUGUAUUGCUCAAACUUCUCCCUUCCUACUACAUAACUGAUUUUAGAGUUGCAACAUUUUUAGAGGACGGGCAGAAAGGUUUUCCACAUAAUUUGAUCCGUAACAGGAAACACAACUUGUUACCAAGUGAAAGAAUAUGAAAGGUUUGUCUUUUAGCAAAUGUCUUGAGACGGAGAUAGAAAUCAUAGAAUUGUGGAAUUGGAAGGGAGAUUUAGUCUGACCCCCUGCAAUGCAGGAAUACGUAGCUAUCCCAUACAGGAAUCGAACUUGCAACAUUGGUGUUAUCAGCACCAUGCUCUAACCAAAUGAGCUUAUCCAGGCUGAUAUGAAGAUGCUUUCAGCUUUGGCCAAGACCAGCAGAGGCACAAAGCAACAGAGGCAGUCAGUUUUUACUUCUCAUAUCUCACAGGGUCUUCUCAUGCCUCAGAGAAGGCAUUGAGAGUUUAUUGAAGGGACAUUGGGAAGGGGGCUGCUGGCAGAAGGAAAACUCACAUCUGAAGAGCCACAGGUUCCCCAUCCCUGGUUUAGCAGCUGGAAUAUUUUGAAUUCCUAAUGUGGUGUCAGGAUCUUUUGCAAGUCUUUCUUGGAGUAUUUUACUUCUUUUCUGCAACUGGGCAUUGUUUGACUGCACAGUAAUGAAAAAUAAUUUCUGAUUACUACCUUUUUGCUUUCGUUUCAAGUUUUUCAUGCUGUUUACGGAGAGUAACAAAUGAAUAUGAGCGUCUGCUGAGUCUCUGGGUGUCAGCCACUCUGGACACUUGGAAAGAUAGCAUGAAAAUGUUUUCAUAGUAACGGAAGCUCAGACUAAAAAAGGUGGAGGUGUGGUAAGAGUUGUUAAUGACCAGUACGAGACACUUUACAGCAGGUAAAGUGCAGGUAUUAAUUUAUUGUUUAGUUUAUUAUUAAAUGUGCAUAUCACCCUUCAUCCAAAGAUCUCAGGUUCACAGCAAAAAAGAAAAAAAAGAGAUAGGACUUUCAGCCGGUAGCAUUCUUUUUCCAUACUCCUGGUUUAGAAUCGUAGACCAAAGGUUCAUGUGGUCCAGAAUUCUGUUCCCAGCAAUGGCUGGGGAGAAAACUCCUGUUUUCUAAGAUGCACCUGAUACUCAGAGGCAGUCUGCCUCUUGACACAAAGGUUCCAUUUAGUGCAGGCUUCCUCAACCCCAGCCCUCCAGGUGUUUUUGGCCUACAACUCCCAUGAACCCUAGCUAGCAGGACCAGUGGUCAGGGAUGAUGGGAAUUGUAGUCUCAAAACAUCUGGAAGGCCGAGGCUAAGGAAGCCUGAUUUAGUGCUUUGAUUAAAUCAGGGCUGGAUAGCCAGACUCCCAACUCCCUUCAGCCCCAAGCCAGCAUAGCCAGUGGCUAGAAUGAUGUGCUUUGUUGGACAACAUCAUCUGGAGGACCACAGGUUCCCCACCCAUGGUUUAAAACCUCUCCUCCGUGAGUGACUCAUUCCCUUACACAAUGCAAGUAUCGUUGCAACAUGUCAUUCAUUAAUUGAUAAAAUCUUGUUUUCAAAGCUAGCUCCGAUUUACGGUGCAGAUUAUUGCAGCUUACUAAAGUAAAUAAAUUAUAAAAACCACAGGCGUCGGGAGCAUUUCAGAAAAGGCAUCUGUGGCGCUUGUACAGCAUCCUCUCUCCCACAGGAGGAAAUCCUCUUUCUAAAAUGGUACUGCUCUGCCAUGUAGAUGCGUCACCUAAAGAAAACCAGUCAUGCUUGCUUUCAUCAGAAUAAUGCAGUUAUGUGGAGAUUUAAUUGAUCUUUUUCACGGGCUGACAGUUCUACUUGUGUUGGGUUUUUUUCAGAUGAUCUUUAUUGAAUUUUUAGUUACAUACUGUACAUACACAUUCAUUAUAUUUCACAUUUGUUCUUGCUCUCCCGAGCUGACUUCCCUCCUUCCUUCUGGCUUUUUUGUGUCCUCUUUGACUUUUCGCAUUGUCAUUGUCCGUUUUCCACAAGACUGUUCUUCUUCAUUUUUUCCAUUAAAUGUCCGUAAACAAAUAAAUCUUUCUAUACAUACAAA